CGCCUGCAGUCCCCCUCCUCAUCCUCACAUCUACCCGGCAACCAGCCUCCACAGCCCGCCAUGUCGGCCGCCAGCACCGAGACCAGCGCGCCUCUGCCCACCGCCGGCAGCCGCGUCUUCUUCCAGGCAGCGCCCGGUGUGGGCUGCGUGGGGUCCGGGCCCAUCACCGGCACCGACGACCCGGUCCAGAAGAAGCAGGGCAAGGUGACGGUGAAGUACGACCGGAAGGAGCUGCGGAAAAGACUGGUGCUGGAGGAGUGGAUCAUCGAGCAGCUCAGCGAGUUGUACGACUGUGAGGAGGAGGAGAUGCCCGAGGUGGAGAUCGACAUCGACGACCUGCUGGAGGUCAACAGCGACGACGAGAGAGCCAGCAAGCUGCAGGAAUCACUAAUAGACUGCUACAAACCCACAGAGGACUUUGUCCGCGAGCUGCUGGGCAGGAUAAGGGGGAUGAGGAAACUCAGCGCUCCAACCAAGAAGGGCCUAUAAUGGUUUCACUGGGAACCACCAAUCAACCAUAAACUCCCGUCAUCUCGGCUCCACCUCCAGUACCGAACCCACUACGACACGGACCGUCAGAAUAAUCCGCCGAAGCGUCAUAGGAGCUGUUCUGCAACCUGCAAACCCGCACCAGUAAACCCAUGAGUAGAGCACUAGUCGUCCAUCCCACCCCCCACACAGGUGUAUUAUAAUAAUAUCUGACUGUUGAAAGGUACGCAAAGCCAACGUGUUUGAAUCACCACAAUAAAAGCCCUGGAAUGUGCCAGAACUGCAACUUUGCUUUUCAAACUAGAAGUCAAACAGCCAUAACGAGAAGAGGUGGUCAAAAAAAACAAAACAAAACAGAAGUUGCAGUGGGUGAGAACUUAGCCGUAGCACGACGUAAACACAGCGCUUCAUGAUCCCGUCGUUUUCUACUGAGGUGUUUUUGCUGUUUUAAGCUGUACUGUAUGUUGCCAUUUAUCGUUCAUGUGAUUGAGACGUGCUUUUUGUUUUUUUGUCCUUAUUACCCGAAGCAGCUCUGUCCGUUCAUUUUAGAAACACGCGGAGCUUCGGUUCUGUCCUUUUUGAUCGUGGAGACGACGCCGUUAGCGAACCAGGCUAACGCGGCGUUUUUUUUCUCCCAGCGUUCUAGUUCACCACAGCGAGGCAUGAUGGGUGUUGUAGUCCUCUGCGUUGGGACUACAAGCACCUGAAUGAUUGGCAGCCUUUCACUGGUCGCGUUAUUCGGUGUUCUUCAUGCUCAUCACCGCACAUAUCAGCCGGUCAUUAAGCACAAGCGUUGCUUCUCACCUGGUUCGCUGCUGACUGACAGGUGUUGCCUUUAAGGACAUUCAGGAUCAGUCCACCUUUUACUCAGAACCUCAAAAUACGAGUCAGAACCUGAAGAAAGCUCCGACCUGUCGAGUCCUGCAGGGGAAGGUGUGCCAGAACUGGGAGCGUUACAUCCGAGAGCUCAACCCGUCAUUAGGGCGACGCGGUGCUAACACACUGAUCGUUUGUUGAGUUUGUGAAACACCUUGGAGUGGGCGCAGCAUUUUAAGACGUUUUUUCCAGGUUGCAGAAUAUAUGUUGUAAUUGCAUAAUCCCAGUUUUAAAUGGUUGGAUGGACUGCGGCUGCUCCGACACACUCAGAAACCCUGUAAGCUCUGGAACAAUCAUGACUCUGAGAGGCCCAGUUUCACUUUAGUCAGUGGAGCAGAUCGAAACCUGCGAUGUGACGCAGUUACAGCAGAAGGUGAUGCAGCCGAAUGCGACGUCACGGAAACGUCAAAGAUUUUUACCCUUUAGAUUAAAUACCCAAAGUAGGAACUCAAUAGAAGUCAGUCUCUAUCCUUCUCUCAUCAAACUUGUCCUGGUGUAGAAGCUCUUGAUGAUGAUGUUCUCUGGAUGUUCUCC